AUGACUUCUUCGAAGAAAUUGCCAAUAGUAGUUUUAUUUUUCGGCAACCUACUAACCUACAUGAACAGAUUUGCGAUAACCGGCGUACUGGGAGACCUAGAGUUGCACCUCGAGUUAAAAGAAGAUGAUAUUGGUUUGAUGCAAACAUUUUACAUUGUGGUGAUGAUAUUCGGAUCCCCUCCUAUCGGAUACUUCGGCGACAAGUUCAGCAAGAAAUGGGUGCUAACAAGCACGACUCUGCUAUGGAUUAUAACGUCUGCAGUGGCUUCAUUUGUGUGUCACUCAUUUUGGAUUUUUGUGUCUCUAAGAGCGUUAUCAGGAGUUGGCGAAGCGGGGUUCAUAGCUGUGGCUCCUGCUUUGAUAAGCGACUACUAUGAUGUACCGGAUAGGCACAAGAUGUUGGCGAUAUUCUACUUGGCGUAUCCUUUCGGAGCUGGUCUGGGUUACAUCGUUGGGGGUGAGGCGGCAAAUAAGUUCGGGAAUUGGAGAUGGGGGAUGAGGAUUGUACCGUGCUUCGGCGUUCUUAUACUCGUAAUGUUGUGUUUCUUGAAGAACAACCAGAUUAAAGUGAAGACCGCACUUCCCUCGAACUGGAGGCAUAAUUUGGGGAUGAUUCUAAAGAAUAAAACCUUCAUGUUGACCAUGGUUGGAUGCACUUGCAUGGCAUACAUUGCUGGACCAUCGGGGUGGUGGACGCCUAAAAUAAUAUCUCUAGGACUACAAUUGCAGCAGAAAGCAGCCCAUACCACCAAGUACUCGUUGGUAGUUUUUGGGAUGUUGGUUAUACUAUCUGGUAUAUUGGGCAUAUUAUUUGGUUACAUACUCAGCAAAUAUCUAGGAGCUAAGUUUGUACGUGCAGACCCUAUAAUGUGUGGUGUUGGUAUGUUGAUGUCAGCGCCUUUCAUAGCUUCCUCAUUCUACCUGGUCCUCUAUAGCACCACGCUGUGCUACCUUAUGGGCUUCAUGGGCUUCACUAUGUUAAACUUACAGCCAGCUGUGGUAAGCAGUAUUAUUUUAUCAGUUAUUUCUCCAAAUAAUAGAGGGUUGGCUCAAGGCGUUCUCCUCUUUUUCUGCCACACUUUCGGAGACUGCAUAAGUCCGUAUAUUUUCGGCCUGACCACCCAAUAUUUUCGACUGUUGUUCGAAAUAAAAGGCGAAUUUACUUACAUCAACCAAUUUAAUGGAUUUCUGUGCUCGAUUUUUAUGCUUUGCAUGGUUGACGUAUUGGGAGGUGUAAUGUUUUUUAUUUGCUCGUUGUAUAUUAAACAGGAUAGAGAGCAAGUUAAUAUUGACCAAAUAAAAGCUCCACAAGAAGUAACUAUAAAGGAAAACAAAGUAGAAGAAGACAUUCUACAUUUAACAUAA